AUGCAGUUCUCUCUGAGCGCCGUUGUUCUUGCUUUCUCCACCCUCGCUGCUGCUCUGCCCACCGAGUCCGCAGGCAAUGUCCUCCAGACCCAGCAGCACGAUAACAUCCGCUGGAAGGUCCCCGGCGGCAUGACCGUCAAGGAGGCCCAGGCCAAGUGUGGUAACCAGGCUCAGCUGUCCUGCUGCAACAAGGCUGUCUAUGCUGGUGACACCACCGAUGUCAACUCUGGCCUCGGCGGUGGCCUUCUGUCCAACCUGAUCGGUUCUGGCUCCGGUGCUGACGGUGCUGGAAUCUUCGACCAGUGCUCCAAGCUCGAUGCUCAGGUUCCCAUUGCCAUUGCUGUGUCCGUCCAGGACUUGCUCGACCAGCGCUGCAAGCAGAACAUUGCCUGCUGUGCUGGAUCUCCCUCCGGUGCCAGCCACGACCUCAUCGGUGCUGGUCUUCCUUGCGUUGCCCUGGGUUCUAUCUUGUAA